AUGUCUCAGUUCCUAUCUAUCUAUCUAUCUAUCUAUCUAUCUAUCUUUUAUCUAUCUGUUCAUCUUUUCUAUCUAUCUAUCUAUCUAUCUAUCUAUCUAUCUAUCUAUCUAUCUAUCUAUCUAUCUUCAGUCUCUUCCUAUCUGUCUGUUCAUAUCUAUCUAUCUAUCUAUCUAGAGAAAGAGAGAAAGGGAGAGAGAAGGAUAGACAUUAGACUGUUAAUUAUCGAUUUCAAUGUGUUCAUGAUCUAUCUAUCUAUCUAUCUAUCUAUCUAUCUAUCUAUCUAUCUAUCAAAGAGUUCAUUAUCUAUCUAUCUAUCUAUCUAUCUAUCUAUCUAUCUAUCUAUCUAUCUAUCUAUCUUCAGUCUCUUCCUAUCUAAGUCUGUUCAUAUCUAUCUAUCUAUCUAUCUAUCUAUCUAUCUAUCUAUCUAUCUGUUCAUUAUCUAUCUAGAGAAAGAGAGAAAGGGAGAGAGAAGGAUAGAGAUUAGACUGUUAAUUAUCGAUUUCAAUGUGUUCAUGACCUAUCUAUCUAUCUAUCUAUCUAUCUAUCUAUCUAUCUAUCUAUCCCUUUAA